AUGAUCGAUUAUUUGACUCACAAAGUGAACCAAUGGAAACAUAUGCGUCAUCUUCAACUUGGUUCUGUUUUUGGUGGAAAUCUUUUGACUCAAAUACCCGAUACGAUAGUAGAAAUGCCUAGUCUCGAAGAAUUGGAUCUAUCCUUCAAUCAAUUAUGUGUACUUCCAAGCAACAUGUAUAUUCCUUCUUUAUUACAUUUGAAUGUUUCUCGUAACAAGUUGGAUUCUUUACCCACAAGUAUCGGUCGAUGCCAUGGUUUGAAAACUCUGAAUGUUAGCAAGAAUCAUCUUACAACAUUACCUGCGAAUUUGGUGGAACUGGACAAUUUAGAAUUAUUGGAUAUAUCGGAAAACUUGUUAUGUAUUAUGCCUGCUGAUAUAUUGGAACGAAUGAAAACUACUUUACUGAUCAGUGGGAAUCCACUCACUCGUCCUGGACAUUGUGAUCUUUCCAAUUCUUCAGAUGCCUAUGCUCAAGUACUCAAACGAAUGACUAUGCGUGCCUUACCUAUGAUGCCUUCAUCAUCAGCUUCUUCAUCUUCUUCAACAACAUCAUCCAAAUCUGUCUCUGUACCAACAAUAACACUAAGGGAUGAUCAUCACAACAACAAUAACAAUGACAAUGAUGAUGAUGCUUCGAUUGAUCGUGAAUUAUCCUUUUUAGCUCAACAAUUGAAUGUACAAGGUGCACGAUAUCCUCUUACAGCAACUUUAUCUAGAUCUGGCUCACCAUUAUCAGAGAAUCCAGCGACAACAGAUGAUACGAUGAUGGAAAAUUCUGGUGGACUUGCAUGUACAUUAUAUGACCAUUCAACAAAUUCGGAAACAUCAGUAAAUACCAACAUUGUUCAUUCAUUACGGGAACUAGCUACACGAGUGAUAUUACAAUCCAAGAAGAAGGUACCUUUACAUAUGAUUCCUCCUCAUUUAGCCAAUGAUCUCGCCAAACAUAAUCGUCGCUGGUGUGCCAAAUGUCAACAACCUUUUGUGAAUGAAUGGUUAACUUCUGUGCAAGUCAAAAGCUAUAGUGGUCAUCCUGCUGUUGUUCGUCGUGUCCGAUUUUGUUCUACUCGUUGUUGGCAACAGUAUCUUCAUUCAAGGAAAUCUGUGGUAUGUGUCCAUCGUGCUGAAUCUCAACCUAUUUUACGACAAAGUGCUGAACAAGAAGAAAGUGAUUGGUUACAAGCAUCAUCUCUGGUUACUGACUCUCUAUGUUGAUCUCUUUUUUUUUUUUUUUAUCAUUAUUAUUUU